AUGAUCAGCACAAAGAGGAUUUCUCAAAUGGUCGAGAAAUGGCAGAGAAUGGCAGUGUUGGGGAGAAAGAGGCUCUCCAGGAGGGUGGAAAGGGAAGCCGAUCAAUCCUGCACCUCUGUGGCGAGCAAGGAUCACUGCAUGAUGUACAGUUCAGAUGGGAGGAGGUUCGAGGUACCACUGGCAUACCUUGGCACACUGGUGUUUGCAGAGCUCCUGCGGAUGUCCCAGGAGGAGUUUGGCUUCAUGAGCAAUGGGCGGAUCACGCUUCCUUGUGAUGCUGCAGUCAUGGAGUAUGCCAUGUGUCUCCUCAGGAAAGGCUCCUCAGCAGAGGUAGAGAAGGCAUUCCUGAGCACCAUGGCAGUGUCAUGCCACUAUGCAAGCUGUAUUGCACCAUAUGUUGGAGUUAGCCAUCAAGUUGUUGUUUGCAGCUCCUAA